AUGGCUCCCACCUUUCUUCCUACACCUGGUCACUACCAUGUCCCCUACCAAAGGUGGGGCGAAACCCAAGUGGGCUGGCAUGGAGAGACAUACUGCCUGGUCGGUGGCUACCGGUCCUAUGGGGAUGCUCCUUUGGCCACCCCAGCAAAGGUGGAGGCAGAGAAGCCAGUCCCCAGACGAGCACUGAAGCGACGAUACCCUGUAGAAGUGUUGGAUGAAGACCUUGGUUGCUCCAGCCCCAAAAUUCGACGACUGGAGCAGGGUGGCUAGAGGCUGACCCCACAGAAGCUUGCUGGCUGA